AUAUUGCAAAGCGUGAAUAAAGAACUGGCCCCCAUAAAGUCACAUUAUUUCCUUUACAAUGCUGCGACGGGACCAAUGGUGCAGUUUUUGCCUACGAUUGGAAAGCAAUUGGGCUUCUCCGCGACGAUAGUCGGUACGAUAUACACAGUACUACCGAUUUCCGGCCUGAUUGCGAAGCCGCUGUUCGGCAGUCUAGCUGACAAAUUCAAAUUGCAUAAAACCUUCUUGAUAUUCGAAGCUAUAUUGACAAUAGCGUUCUUUUCCAUUUAUUUUAUUCCCGAAAUGGACAGGAGUGCAAGUGUCACUCUUAUCUGCAAUAAUGAUUUGCCGUUUUUGGAGAUUUGUCCAAAGAUAGAAUUCUCAAAGAAAGCGUUAAGCAACGUAAUAUUAGAAGUUCACUCUAACGCAGCCUGCCAGUUAACUUGCAAAGGAGUACCACACGGUUUCUUAGAACUGUUUGGCAAAAAUGUUUCAGUGAACAGCACGUUCGAGUUUGGUGCAGGAUUCGAUGUGUAUCAAGAUUUACUUACGAAGGACUGCGUAGACGUAAGGCUGCGCACGUUUCUCGACGGCACCGCACAUGGUCCGGUAUGCGGGGGCCAGCUAAGGACUUCGUGCACGGCAACUUGCAAGAAUAACAGUGCGUUUAAUCAUCUUCUGCAGGAGGCUAAGGAUUCGCAAAGCGAUAUCAGUCAUUCUACGUAUCAGUUUCACAUAUUUUUAUGGGCAGCCAUUAUUAGUUGGAUUGGAAUGGCUGUUGUAGUUAGUAUAGCCGAUGCUAUCUGCUUUGAUCUCCUUGGUCAUGAAAGAAGGAACGAUUACGGGAAACAGAAGAUGUGGGGCAGCAUCGGUUUCGGUAUUUUUGGCAUAAGCGCAGGCUACCUGAUAGACCUUUCCAGCAAGGAGCAAUACGACAAAGAUUAUACUUGUAUAUUUUAUAUUAUGCUAGUGGCCAUGGUCGCUGACAUAGUGGUGUCUGCAACAUUGAAAAAGAAAAAUCCAGAAUGCUCUGUGGACGAGCCGUCGCUAUUUCGAGAGCUAUUAAGCGUUUUCAAAGAAGGAAGAGUGUUGGUAUUUGCCUGGUGGUGCAUAGGCGCCGGGAUGUGUACAGAAGUCAUUUGGAACUUUCUGUUCUGGUACAGCGAGGACCUGACAGCCAGCUCUCAUGUCACGUGGAGUAAAACCCUGCAGGGUCUG